AUGGCACGCUGCUUCCCUCGCUUUCAUCGCCUCCACCUCCGGGUUGCGGCGGCCUCCGUGGCGGCGGGGGCCCUCCAAAGCCGCGAGCGAAAGGCAGUGCAGCCCACAGCUUGCGAGGGCUGGCAUCCCGGGUACGCUUGGUCCCGUGGCUCGCGGCCUCUGGUUGCACCUCGUUGGGAGGGUGCUGCGGCGAAGGAUGGGGAGCCUGCGUAUUCCCGCCAGGACGUGCAACGGCAUGACGGCAGCCAGGGGACAGUCUGGGUGACCUAUCGUGACGGCGUCUACGACGUCACGCGCUACCUGGAGAAGCAUCCCGGUGGGAAGCUGAUCCUACAAGCAGCUGGUGGUCCGGUCGAUGGGUGGUGGAAGUACUGGGCCCAGCACCACCUCUCCCCGGAAGUGGCGGCAACCCUGGAAUCUUUGCGGAUCGGGCGGCUGAGCGACUACGAAGUGGAGGAGGACGAGGAGCGCUACGGCCACGGAGCCUGGGAGCCCGAGCAGACCGCGCCGGGCCGCGAGGAGUCGCGCCGAACCGGGAUCGUCCUCAGCGAGAUGCCCUUUCAGACGGAGACCUGCUCGGCGGAACUGGCCGAGUUCCUGACUCCGACUGGAAAGCUCUACGUGCGGAACCACGCGCCGGUGCCUCUUGUGGAGGAACCUUUGGAGCACCUCGUCACCUUUGCAUCGCAGGAAUCGCAGGACACGGAGGAAGUUGACCUCACCUUGGGCCAGCUCCAAGGCCGCUUCCGCAACCACCGCAUCACCUCCAUCCUGCAAUGCACUGGGAACAGGGCCGGCGACAACAUCGCCGCAAACGGCCCUGCCAGCAGCGGCUUCGUGGGGGGGGACAGCGAAUACCUGGGCGCGGGGAUGCUGGGAAACGGGUCAUGGACUGGCCUACGCCUUGAUGAGGUGCUCCGCGCGAUGUUUCCAUCGCUGAGCACUCUAUCAGAAGCAGCCAUCAGGGACUUGCAUGUGACUUUGGAGGGGUUGGACGGCUACUACACCUCCAUACCGUUGGGUCUUGCCUUGGACAACCGUGCAGACUGCCUGUUGGCCACGCACUUGAAUGGCGAGGAGCUCACGCCCGAUCAUGGUUUUCCUGUACGGGCCCUCCUGCCUGGCAUUGCUGGGGCACGAAACGUGAAGUGGCUCACAAAGGUCACCGUCGGGAAGGAGUCGGACGGCCCAUGGACGUCCCAUUUUUAUCGUGGCGCUGGACGGUCUCAUCCGAUCUAUGCUUUGCCCAUGAACCUUGGGCAUGUUUGGAAACAUGGCUUUGACGGUUUUCGGGUACUUUAA